AUGUCGCACUUCACAAGGCUCAUUCGCUUCGAGUCUGCUGGGAACGUACUAUUUGCGGAUCUCACUUCUGCUUUAUCGGAAAUACCAUCGCUGGGGUCAAAAAUCACAGCCUAUACAACGUUCGAAAAGCUCAUCGAGAAUGACGAGCCAGUUCAAGCAGUCGUUGAUAAGCUCAAUGUCCCGAUGCAUCCUCCCGUUUGGACAAAGCCUUCUGCCUCGCUUGCUUCGCCGCAUGAGGAUAUUCAUAUCAGUCGGUAUUGCGCAUCGAACUUUCCAGACUGGGAGGGAGAAUUGGUCUUUGUUACCUCCAAAGAAUGUCGAGACGUCACACCCGAAGAGGCUAACUCCUAUAUCUUGGGCUACACAAUAGGCAAUGAUCUCAGUUGCCGAAAAUUCCAGAUGCCUGAACAAAACGGUGGCCAGAUUUUCUACGCGAAGGCGUUCGAUAAAUUUGCUCCGAUCGGACCAGUGCUCGUCAGCUCAACGGCUUAUAAGAAUGAGGAGGGAUCACGUCUGCAAACACGAGUCAAUGGUGAAGUGAUGCAAGACGUGGAGAUAAAAAACGAUGUUAUUUUUUCACCUACACAGAUUCUUAGUUUUAUUAGUCAGAGCACGACUAUCCCGGCAUAUACGGCAAUAAUGACGGGCACACCAUCCGGAGUCGGUGUUUUCAAGGAACCUAGGCGAUUCUUACAACACGAUGAAGUCGUAGAGAUACAAUUAACCCGACUUGGACAUGUAUAUUUCGAGCAUCGAAACUUGAAAGAGUUUCAACGGUUCGCCAAGGACUUUGGAUUCAUCGAGGAAAGACGGAUUGGCAACACCAUCUACUACCGCGGAUAUGGUAAAGAUCCAUAUGUUUACGUAGCAUCACAGAGCGAGACUCGUUCUUCCAGGUUUCUCGGUCCAGCUUUUGUUGCAAAAGACGAAGAGAACUUUGAAAAAGCGAUGAAGCUUGAAGGCGCAAUUGUGAAAGAUAUUAGCCAUGCACCAGGGGGAGGUCGUCUCGUCACCGUCCCGCGGCCUAAUGGAACAUUCAUGCAUAUUGUAUAUGGGCAAAUGGAACGCGAAAUUGAUCCAUCGAGCGAGUUACCUUCAAAGAUUGUCGAGUCCCAAGGUCCAUUCAAUGAACCGUUCAAGAAAGGCAGAUUCGGCGUCUUCCAACGCUUCAAACCAGCCCCAGCUCUGGUCCACAAAAUCGGUCAUCUCGGCUACAUCUGUUGCGAAUUUGAUCAGGAACUUAAGUUUUAUACCGAAAACUUCAACUUCGUGCACUCGGACAUUUUGAGCCACGAACAAUUUGGCUGGGUAGAUUUCAUGACGUUUAUGCAUCUCGAUCUCGGUGAGGAGUACUCGGAUCACCAUGUUUUCUUCCUCUCCCGUGCUCCGCCUGGAACAACAAAGACAUCUGUUCAUCACACAUCUUAUGAAGUUGCGGACUUUGACACACAACUAAUGGGGCAUCGGUGGCUGGAAGAACAGAAAUGGCGCUCUGUCUGGGGUGUGGGGAGACAUGUGCUAGGCAGUCAGAUAUUUGAUUACUGGCUAGAUUCGAGUGGCUUCAAGGUUGAGCAUUAUGCCGAUGGGGAUGUGGUCAAUACCGAAUACAAGAAUAUGCGUAGCGUGGCUGGCCCGAUGGCUAUAUGGGGACCGGAAAUCCCGGCUGAUUUUGCAAAGAAUAAAGCUGGUUGA